AUGGAGAAGCUGAAUUCUGAAGAUGGCCAGCUUUUUAUCAAAAACCUAGCCAGUUUUGUCCGAACACACGAAAAGGCGCUUGCGAAUGCUUUGCAGCUUCGGCGCCAGUCUAAAAAUGCCAUCGCCCCUCAGUCCCCGACCAGCCCGACGAGCGCCAAUACCUCCUUCACCUCCACCUCCCUCACCUUGGCGGCUGCCUUGUCCUUUGGCGCGCUGAAAUUCACCUCGCAAAACAUCAAACCCGCAAAGUUGACCCUCACGCCUCAUCAUCUUUUCUACCUCCUCUCCUGUUUCGAGGACUUGUCUAUCGCCGUCGGGCCCAUGAAUGUCCGACUUGAGAACAUCAACACCGAGGUCUCCCAGUCAUACGUGUCCUUCUUGAACAAACCACAGCGAUCCAAGGGCGAUGGGGCAUCGAUCCAUUCCGUUUCCAGCGUUCGCAGUGUGAUGUCUGGCAUGAGUGGCCUCUGGUCCUCCUUUGGCCUCGGCUCUAAGGACUCCAUCUCCAAAUCCGACAAGGCCAAAGUGGCCCUCGAAGCCGACCUGAAGUACCUCUAUUCAGCCUUCACCAAAAUUCCCUGCCUUCGCUUGGCUCCGGAUCACCGCGCCCGGCUGAUUCGAGGAUAUGAAGAGUUCCCUUUCGAUACCGCGGUACCUCUGCACGCGUUUAAGAAUUUGAGCGCCCUGGAAAUCAUUGACAUUGACUAUCGCUCGUUCUACGGCUGGGAUCGCUUGUCGGAGCAGCUACGUACAUUGACCAUCAAGCGAGGGCACUUGGAAGAUCCGGCGGAUUUGUUGACCCGCAUCGUGCUGGAUGAUGUUGAUAAGCGACGUCGUCGUUCGGCCAAGUCGCAACAGUCACCACCCUUGGGCUGGACCAGCAGUAUGGGACCACCCCCAAUGUCCGCUUCGGACCAGACUUCCAUCUCGGCGCCUGGCUCCCCGGUUGCUGAGAAUGCCCUUGCGAGUAGCGCCAGCCCGAAGGCUGUCCCCAUGAUGCGAGCGGGCUCCGAGGGUUCCCGCGUCCGGUACCGUGCCGACAGCGUCUCUCCCACUCGGCCUUCCACCAAGCACAGUCACCACCGUCACAACCGUGGCCAGUCAUCUCGGAUCCGUCGCACAGGCUCGGGCAGCUCCAACUCGAGUGAUGCAUCCGGCGGUGCCCACUCUCACUCCAGUGUCCUUCCUCCCUCAAAGUGGCGCUUCCUCCGCCAUCUGGGGCUGCCGGAUAACUCCUUGACUUCCAUCUCGGCUGCCAGCCUGGCGCCCGUGGCCAACACCCUAAACUCCCUCGAUCUCUCUUCAAACCUGCUGACAGAGGUACCCGACAGCCUGUCGACCUUGGUGGCCCUGCGGGCGCUCAAUUUGUCCCAUUGCAUGAUCGAGUCAUUGCACUCCCUCACUCGCAGUCCACUUCCUGCCAUCACCGCUCUCAACUUGCGGGGCAACCGACUGCGCUCGCUGGCUGGCAUUGAGCGUUUGCUGUCUUUGGAACGCUUGGAUCUCCGUGACAACGACUUGAUGGAUCCGACGGAAUUGGCGCGACUGACCAGUCUCCCUGAGAUACGGGAGAUCUGGGUCUCCGGAAACCCCUUCGUCAAGACCCACUCCAACUACCGCAUCGUCAUCAUGAAUCUUUUCCGGCGCACACCGGGCUACUCGGAGGAUAUCGUGAUUGACGGCCGUGGUCCGGGAUACACCGAGCGGAAGCAGCUGGUCGAGCGUGUCGCCGAGCCCGAAGGCGCUCCCGUUGUCCGCUCAAGCGCCGCUGACCAGUCUGCCAUUGUGCAAAAGCCCACUCAGACGGUUUCGCCUGUGGAUUUGCCGCCACCGGUGCCUCCGAAAGAUGGCCCGGGCUCCCCUGACACUGGAAUGCACCCAGAGGGGGGAAGUGGGACUCACCGGCGCAAGAAAGCCCAGCGACGUCGCAUCGUCGACCUUUCGACUGAUAGUCCCUUCGUUGCCGACGGUCUUGGUCACCCGGGCCCUGCAAUCCCUGCCCCUCUACCCGUGCAGCAGAUUGCCAAUCCCGCGGACCGCACCGUUGUGCCCCCGUAUGAGCAUCAAUUGCAAUUGGACAGUGGUACCCCAUCGGGUUCCUCCAGCAUCCAAAGCCCAGUCAAGCAAGCGCCAUUCCCGAGCUCUCACACUAAUGCAUUGCCACUCAUCGCCUCUGGCAAAGAUUGGGCCUUGGAUCAGGAACUGUGCCGGCAGCAAUUGGAAGCUCUGCGUCAAGAAGUUGGCCACAGUUGGAUUUCCGUCCUGGGUGACCAUCCCUGGGACAACGCACAGAAAGAUGGUGGUCCUCACCAUCUGCCCGGCGUAGGGUUGGAUCAUCCCGUGCUUUCACCCACGCCCCUUUGUGUCAAUGGCCGCGCGAUUCUGAGCGGAGGCCACGCCUUGAGCGGUUGA